AUGGCAUCCUUAGCCCGCGCCGCCGCCACCGCCGCGAGAGCGGCGCUCCGCCCGGCGCCCCUCGCCGGCCGUGGCCUCGGCUCCUCCCUGCCGUCUUCCUCCCCCGCACGGGCCGCCCGCCUCCUCCGCAGGUCGGCCGUGGCGGGGCUGGAGACGCUGCUGCCCCUGCACACCGCGGUCGCGUCGGCGCGCCUCAAGUCCUGCAUCGCCGUCGACUCCACCUGCUGGUGCUCCCUCUCCCAAGGUACCAAAUCCGCCCUGUAA